AUGCUCCCACAAACUUUGGAAGAGCCAUAUGCUCAGGGUAAACUUGAUACCACCGCAUUUAUAACCUGGUUAGCCGAUACUGUUCAUACAUGUAAUCGUACAAUCGAAACAACUACCGCCACAUUUCUACCACUACCUACAACAUCUGGCCAGACGGAACGGUUUCAAUUUCAGUCGAGACGAAGGCAACGAAGAGGCAGUCCAUACCAGUAUUCCCUGCGGGAACUGAAUGAGCGAGUCAAUUUUAUCCUCGAAUCUCACCCGACAAUACGAAUUCCUAAGCGAAUUAAAGUUAGAUUGCAACGCGCAAUUGAUGUCCGCCAGAAAUGUUUGGAGUGGUUUGAGGCUACAGAAAACAAGCCAAAUGAAUUCGACGUCGUGGGCCACCGUCAUUUUAUUCGAUUCUUAAUACACGCCCAAACAAGAUUCAACGAGCUAGAGUUCACCAAUGCUGCUAUCCGCAUGUCUGCCCAUAAAACACCUUCUGUGGAUCAUGGCAUUUGCUUUGAGAAUCGAUUCUCGCAGCUUGAAAUCGAGAACGGAGAUGACCCUUAG